AUGGCUGGACCGAGAACACCCGAGCAACGCGAUGCUACUAACGACGCUCUCCAAGCCUUGACUGGUUUCAUCAAUACGAGCUCGUUGCUCGAUUUGGCCAACCGAUUCGCCGAGACUUAUACCGAUUUGGCCAAAACGUCGACUGAUCACUUUCUCGUCACGCCAGUCACUGCAUUGCCGACUGGCAAGGAAAAGGGCAAGUUUCUCAGCAUCGAUGUCGGCGGCACAAAUUUAAGAGUGGGAUUUGUUGAACUGGUGGGAGAGUUGGAUGAGCCUGCAACGAGUGUGCAUGAGAGUGAUAUGAAUGGAAGAGAUGUAUUCGCGAAGAUCAAGAGAAGUCAUGAGAAAAAUUGGCCAAUUGGGGACCACUUGAAAAUGGAUCAUGCCGAGGAUCUGUUUGCGUGGAUUGGAGAUUGUAUUGCUGAGGUGGUUGAAGAUGCACUCGAGGACGCGCCAGUGACUGAGGGCAUGGAGUCUGCAUUAGGGGAAGAAUUGCUGUUAGGGAUAACUUUCAGCUUCCCUAUGGCACAGACGCGCCUCUCAGAAGCCACACUACUGCCCAUGGGCAAAGGCUUCGCAAUCACCUCCGACCUCAAUCUGGGAAAGAUGCUCCUCGCUGCAUACGCACGCCACUGUGUAGAUCCGACAACGAACGGCGAAUCGAAAAAGAGCAAGCGCUCCCGUCUGCCACGCAUACGGGUUGCAGCUAUCACCAAUGACACGGUAGCAACAUUUGCGUCACUGGCGUACGCGGUGAAGGCCGCUCCCAACAGUCGGGUAGCGAUGGGUCUUAUAGUCGGAACGGGAACUAACGCAACUGUUCCAAUGAAGUUGAAUGAUCUGCAUCCUGCCAAGAGAAAAUACCUCUCGAACCCAGAUGCUGUAGACACAGUCGUCAUCAACACAGAGUGGACGAUACGCGGUACAGACAAACCCUUGAUUGACCUGAAUAUCAAGACCUCGUGGGAUUUGACACUCGACGCGAAUAGCGAGGCACCCGGAUUUCAACCUUUCGAAUACCUGACUGCCGGACGUUACUUGGGUGAGAUCGUCCGACUGGUCUUCGUGGAUAUCGCCUCUCGGCAACCGGGAGGGGACGUGCCACCAUUACUCCUGAGCAAGAAUGCUAUUCUGACGAGAUUUUUGUCGGAGGUUGUAGCGCGAGCAGAUGAUGUCACAUUAACGAAAGCACUGGAGACCCAGUAUCCUGCCAUAAACCCAUCGACACCGUUCUGGACAUCAACGAGAGUCAAAUCAAUCCGAGACAUUGCGCAUGCAGUCCAGCAACGGUCUUCCGCACUGAUAGCAGCCGCUUGUGUUGGUCUCCUGAAGUGCGUGCGAGACAUUGAAAUCGACCACACCCCGAAACCCGGGACAAACGGCAAGAACACGUCAGCAGGCGCAGAACAUGACAAAGAAGAGCUGGUAAUCGCGUACGCAGGCGGAACGAUAUCGCAAUAUCCUCAAUGGUUGGAGACAUGUCAGACAUGGAUCGAUAUUCUGGUCAAGGAAGGAUCGAAAGCGAAUGCAUCUAAGAGAGUCGUCUUGAAGGAGGCGCUGAAUGGCGGGAUUAUAGGUGCAGGUGUUCUGGCAGGGAUGGGCAUCGACUGA